AUGAUUACCAUGAGCGAUUCCCGGGAAGGCACCUAUGAUUCAAAUAUUUCCCGAACCAAUCUAGUUGUCCAAGGGUUUAGUCGUCUGAUAAGGAAAAGCAGUUCACUCGGCGAUGUGCAUGUUAGGGCAAUCGAAGCGUUCUUGGCCCACUCAGUCUACUCGAAGGAAGAUCUCUUGAAUCAGUUACAUUCGCACCACCUUCCCCUUCUCAGCAAUCAACUCAAGACCCUCUCUCUAUCACCAAUCCCAUCUGGAUUAUGGAAAGAGUCAAACGAAGACCUCGAGCUCAUCUUACAGACCCAGUCGGAUCUUGAACACACAUUAGAUCAAAUCAAAUUUACCAUUGCUAGCGUCUGUACAUCUCCACACAGCCAAUCCAAAGAGCAGCACCUCAAGGCUCUCAAAUGGUUCAGGAUUUCCCACCUGCAACAAAGGCUUGCACCUGAAGACCUAAAGCGCCAGUCCAACAGAUGUCACUACAAAAAACGUUUAUCUAACGAAGUAUAUCGUGCGUCGAAGCUGAUUGAGCUCGUGACUAUCGAAUCGACGCAAUGGUCUGAUCUCGAUCUCGCUCAGGAAGAUUGGGAAUCAGAGCUAGACAAAAUCGAGCAAAUGAUCCGGCACAACAUUACCAUGAUCAGUCCGCCACCCAAUUUCCGCCAAGAAUAUGAAGCGAGCGUGAGAAGACUUACUCAUGUGCCAGUCAUCCGACUGGCUAGAUUGUCAAUACCGAUCAUCAAGUUAUCGAAGCUUUUUUUCAUGAAAAUAUCAAAACGUGGGAUGAAUCAGAGACGACUUUCCCCUUACACCGAGAUGAGUUCAAACGAAAUCGACAUUUUUAGUCAAUCAGUUGCAGGGGUUGCCUAUCAUGUUCAAAUACUCAUCCAACUCUUCUACCACAACGAUAUGGCCUACAGUGAUGCGGCCAGCCAUGAAUUCACUGCAGUCACUAACCAAAUCAAAAAUGAGUUGGAAUCUGCUUUACUCUUUAUACUCCUUCAUUUUCUUCCUUUGGUCCCAGAUACCAAAGGUCUUCCAGCCCAAAAGUAUUACAAGACUUGGUUUGUUACUUGGAAAAUUCAGUUCAAUUUCUCCAUAGAUAACUUCCAACAAGCUCUCAACGAGUUUCAAAACACUCCCUCCUAG